GCGUCCAAAUUACCAGCGAGUCUUUCCUCUUACCACUCAACCAUUGGCUCAGCUCAGCCGUCGAUGAACGAGUGGAAGCCCUUUGAGCGAACCAUUCUCGUCUUCGCUCGACAUACUCACGUGUGCUGCGAUAUGUCUCUUCAGUCACUAGAAUUGCCCAACUCUGGGCUCAGAUUUCGAUUCGAAGACCAAGAGACUUGAAGGGAGAUCUCAAUGAACUUGAAAAUGCGACGCUGGCCAAUCUGUCUGUCCUUCUCGUCCUCCUCCUCUUUCCCUUAUUCUCGCUCCGUUCCCUCGUUACCACCCCCAUAAGAGGAGAUGCCAUAGACAGUCAUAGUCGUGCUUGAUGCUUGAUCAGAGAGCAGCUGCUGGAAAAAGCGAUCGAUAUUCCGUGGCUGGUUGGUCCAUGGGACUCGAUGUCAAUAACAGAGUUCACAAAAUCGACCCACUUGAACAGGGACGAUCAUCUUGAGGUCUGAAGGAUGUUGAGUGUAAAACACCCAUGUCGGACCCCGAGUUCGUCGUCGGUGUGUAAAUGCGCCUUAGGGCAGAAUAGCGCCAUCGAGUGCGGUCCACCCUCUUCCAGCGAAAUCGCGCUUCAGACCCUAUCGGAAUUGGAGGCUGCCAAUAGCUUACCCGGGGCCAAUAAGACGGUCAGGAUCUCGUGGAUCAUUCUCAGUCGCUUGGGCGUCAACUAUUUGGUGAAUCCUUCCACAUAUUUGCAUCUGACGAUCUGUGCCAACCAUCGAAAAGAGUAUCUGGACUCCUGGCGUGUGGGUUGGUUUUGCCGAUAUCCUGCUCACCGUCAAUUGAGUAGACAAAGCGAUACCCACGGUUUGACAGCCGAGGACAGCGAACUGAUCACGUUUAUGAUGGCGGUGAAGAUCCUGCAAAAGACCCAAGAAGUGGUGCCCAUAAGUGGUCGGAUCUGUAAAGUGUGCAAGAGCCAUUAUGAGGAAGCCUAUCCUACCAAAGCUGGGCAAAAAAUGGUGAUUGUCCUUUCUUCUAACAACUACGGUCGACCGGCCAUAACGGCACCUUCCCCUUUUGGACCCCCAGAGGUGGACGAGCCACCCGUUCCGUCCGGAGAAGACCCGUUAGCGUUGUUCGUAGAGGAAGGCUUCCCCAUGAAAACGGAAGUUUUAGAUCCCGACGAUCCCGACGAUCCCGAUUGCCCAAUCAUGCAGAACGAGUUGAAUGACGAGGAAUUCGAAGAUUUGGUGGAAAUCAAGGACGAAGUUAUUGACCCCAAAGAUAUUGUCGAGCCACCCAUUGUUCCUUUAGAAAGGGCCGGAACCCCGCCAACCAUCGUAAGGGACGAUCAGACCUUGUUGGAGGAGGAUGGAGAAUCACUCUUUUCCGAGGAUAGCGACGACGAUCGCACUUGGAUGCCGGAAGUGACCAAAAGCCCGGUCACCAAGAAAGAUCGCCCCGUCCGAUCCAAGAAGCGGAAAGCAUCUCAACCAGCAGAAACUAGGCCUGAGGGCGGUGUUUCAAAGCCAGGCUCUAGUCCAGCCCAACCUGGGAAAAAGGGGGAACAACAUUAUUUUUGUAAAAUAUGCAAGAUUUCCUUCUUCAAACACACCUCAUACAAGCAGCAUAUGCAUUCCAGUCAAAAAGCCCACAAAGAAGCCCUGAACAAGGCUAAAGAGGACGAAGAAGAAGAGUUUGAAUGCAGCGAUUGCUGCAUUGCCUUUCAGAACCGAGAAGCUCGUGCCAAACACAUGAGUGUAGAACAUGCGGGUGGGAAAGAUCUGAACUAUUGUCUCAUUUGCGAAGUCCAACUUAAAAACGAAUCUGCUUUCAAAAGUCACAAUAGCAAAAUGCAUCUUGAAAGGUCUAAACGCAUGUAUUAUUGUCGUGAGUGCGAUGCCACCUUUCUCUGUAAGGUGCUUCAUCAAACGCAUAUCAAAACUCAUCGUUUGUGGUCGGGAGAAGCGCCUGGAUUGCAAUGUCAGGUUUGCGGUAAGGUGUUCAUGAGCAAACAACUCGUCCAAUUCCAACGCCAUCAAGAAACUCACGAUGCUGACACCGGUGAGGAUUGUCCUUGUUCGGAUUGUCGAGCGAAGAGUUCAAGUUCACCUCUCUCCAAGAAAAAGAAGGCCAAUGAGAAAGCCGGAUUAAAGGACAAUCUCCUAGUCAAGAUGCAAUCCAAGUUUAUCACUCAAGUUGAAGAGACUGACCCGGAUGAUGUGGAAAUAGUAGUUCCUCAGGAUAGCGAUUUGGAAGUUCUCAAGGGAAAACUGCCAUUCCAAUGCGGCUUAUGCCAUUCCAGAUACGAUUCUGUAAAGGAGCUCGAUAAACACGUUCAAAUUUCUCAUUCUAACAAAGCGAAAAGUUCGGAGAGCAAAGCGAUCAACAAAUCGGCGAAAGUAAUUAAAGUCAUUGGAUCCACGCAAGAAGAAAACGACGCCAAGAGUGUAGGGAAGAAGACCAAAGUAACGAAACCAUCGGAACGAAAUUGGCAAGAGUGUGCGGACAGAAAUUGGGCUGCCGAGUUUGGUUACGGCAAGUCCAGACUUUUAGCGCCCUCAGAUUCGGACGGACUCCUAUCAGCCAUGAAAACCAAGUUCAAGCACGAAAAUGGAGAAGAAGCGGAAGGAAAGGACGAGAUUCCCGAUGUGGGUGAUGGAUUCCAAAUCUAUCGGUCCAGGACCCUUAAUGGCCGAUCGAAAGCUUCGCCCCAAAAAACGCCGAGGACUCUCAGUGCUUCAAGUUUGUCUACGAGGAAACGAAUCGAAGUGUUGAUGAAAAAAGCACAGAGGAUGCACGAAGAAAGAGAGAAAAAGCGGCGCAAGAAGGUCGGAAACCAAAUUGAACCUGAAAAGAAUUCCCCUGGCAACACAGACAAGAAAUCCAAGGCGCCGGCUAGCCCCAAGAAGUCACCUAAAUCUAAGAAUACAAAGUCUAAAGCUAAUAAUGCAAAAACAAAGAAGCCCAGGCAUCAGAAACCAUCUGCCAAAGAGAAGCAAGUCAAGGAAUCUCGCCCAAAGAAAAGAAAAACCCUAGUCGUUAAUGAGUCAGACGCAAGUGCGAAGUCCUCUGAAGAAGGAGAAGCUUUGGAAGAAAAUCUAGAGGAAGACCUCCUAGAAGAGGAUGAUGACGAUUUCGUAGGGUUCGAGGACGAAGACGAAAGCCUUUUAAUUCCCAUGGUUAAUGGUUGGGUUUGUGAAAAACAACCCGGGGAUAAUGGAUACUUGACUAGCUUCUGGUCGCCUGAUGGCGGCCAUUUCACCUCGUUAGACUUGAUUGCGGAGCACUUGAAAAAAAUCAACUCGGAACUGAGCCUCACCGUUUUCGAAAAAGCUGUACAACGAGUACCCAAACACACCUCAAAUCAACUCACUGAUAUUAUGGACGAGAUUGUUGAUGAAUUUCAAGACGACAUUUCAGAUUCGGAGAUGGACGACGAAAUCACGCUCAAAGUUCCAGUACAAAAGCGUAGCUAGCUUACAAGCC